GCUUAUACCGCUGCAGAGAGAGAGAGGGAGAGAGAGUGCGUGCGUGUGUGUGAGAGAGAGUCAUUGAUCCACAGUGUGCUGCGCAUCUAAACUCCUCCCGGUCAACUGCGUGGACAUCAUGUGGCCAACACCAGCCUGACAGACACACUGCACACAGGGGACCCUAUAUAAGCGGUGCAGCUGUCAGGUGGAGGACACUGGCUGCUUUGCGCUGGGGGACGACUCGCUUUAGGGGAUUACAGCUCUAGAUACUCACUGAUUCAAACCUCUAACAAUGUCUCAUGCUUGGGGAUACGCACCGAACAACGGACCCGACAAAUGGGCUGAUAACUUCCCUAUUGCCAAUGGACCCCGCCAGUCUCCCAUUGACAUCGUACCUGGUGAAGCAUCAUACGACGCGGGGCUGAAGCCGCUCAACCUGAAGUACGACCCCUCCACCUGCCAAGAUAUUCUCAACAACGGACAUUCCUUCCAAGUGACCUUCCUAGAUGACACCGACAAUUCAACUCUGACAGAUGGACCAAUCUCAGGGAUCUAUAGACUCAAGCAGUUUCACUUCCACUGGGGAGCCUCCGACAACAGGGGCUCUGAGCACACUGUGGCCGGGACCAAGUAUCCUGCCGAGCUCCAUCUGGUGCACUGGAACACCAAAUACCCAAGCUUUGGAGAGGCUGCUAGCAAGCCUGAUGGGCUCGCUGUCGUCGGAGUUUUCCUGAAGAUUGGUGAUGAAAAUGCAAAUCUCCAGAAGCUUCUUGACGCCUUUGAUGCCAUCAAGGCCAAAGGCAAGCAGACCACGUUUGCUAACUUCAACCCCGCUACUCUGCUGCCUGGUUGUCUAGACUACUGGACAUAUGACGGCUCUCUGACCACACCCCCUCUGCUGGAGAGUGUCACCUGGAUUGUCUGCAAAGAGCCAAUCAGUGUCAGCUCUGAGCAGAUGGCCAAAUUCCGCAGUCUGCUCUUCUCUGCUGAGGGUGAGGCCGAGUGCUGCAUGGUGGACAACUACCGGCCUCCCCAGCCGCUCAAGGGUCGCGCCGUCCGUGCUUCUUUCCAGUAAUGCCCCAUCCCCCUCUCUUGCCCUUUCUGCCCUGUUGCCCUCUCCCUCCCUUCCCCCUCUUUUAGUCAGACACCCAGAGUUACCUCUCUUGCAGUGAGCCACAAAGCACACAUAUCUCUCUCCGUCCAGUUUUCAAAGAAAUUAAAUUCCUGUGGCCCAUUGCUUUCAAUGCUGGGCAGUCUAACUGUGAGAGUACAUGCAGGAUGUGCAUCUCUGUUUCUAUAUGUGUAAUAAGCCAGCAAAAAUGUCCUGUCAUAAUGUAUUUUAUAAGACAAACACUUCACAGUGGAGGCCACACGUUUACCAGGAUUGUGCAUCUGGUGCCAUUGUUUUUCAGACACAUUACACCAGUGUGUGUAGAUCUGUUCUUUGUCACAUAAGGAGGAAUAAUGAAUAUGAAUUACAGUCAAAAUGGUGCUUUAGAGCCAGCAGGAAGCAGAAAGCACAAGCUCACUGCAGUAGUCAGGGGGAGGAUAGAACUAUAUCACCAUCUGUGAGGAGGAGGAGGGUAAGGUGCAGAUCAAAAGACACACACACACAGACACACAAGACACGUACACUCCCGCUGCCAGUCUGUCGGUAAUCUCUGACCGACUGCCAGCCUCUGCAUCACAGCAGCUUAAUAAAACGCUGCAGCCGCCUCCAUCACAACCAAUUGACUCAGAAAAUCCCCCUCUGGCACACACAACAUGGCACACGCAGUCUCAUGCAGACAUGACGCCUAUAGGCACUGACCUGCUUAUUGAUUUGAAUUCAGUGUACAGCAACAAAGGACAUGAGGACAAACUGCUGCUAGAGCAAGGUUAUGACAGCGGCUUAUUUGUCUGUUUUUAUGGCCUAAUCUUCAAAUCUACUGUGUGUUUGUCAUCCUCUGUUGUGUUUUUAUUAUUAUUAUGGAUUAUGUCUUUUUUAGCCUGACAGCUUAUGCAAAUUAAGUCUUAAGUGUUUCCUAAAUUAUGUUUUGCAACCAAAAGCUCUUUGCAUUUUUGCUGCCCUGAUAAUAUAGCAAUAGAGAGGAAUGAUGUGUAAAGAAAAUCCCUUUGUGUUUUGUUUCAAAACCUCAGUAUGUCGAGUGCUAAUGCUUAAAACGCACAGUCGCCUUGUGGGCAAUGCCAUAGUGGCUAAUGCACAAAGCCAAGGAGGAAAUUACCCCACGAAGGCAGCCAAGGAAGUAAAGAACCUGCCAACAGAUAAGAUUAUAGUGUCAGCCUGGUGUCAGGCUCUGUGUAAGAGAAUAAUUAACAGUAGACCAUGUGAACUCCCCCUCCAGGUUUGAGACCCCAAGGUCUCAAAGCUGAAGGUGAAAAUGCCCUGUAGGCAUUUCUGAGGCAUUAAAGUCAAAAAUGAUGUAGUUCCAGAAAGAUUGUAACCAGAAUUGAAAAAGAAAAAAAAAAGCCUUAUGCCAAUCACCAUUAGGGAGUAUGUGUUGUUAUUCUAUUUUGGAAGUGGACGUUUUACUAGUCAAAUAAAUAUAUUUUAUGACUAACAUG